AGUGUUUGUCCCCCAUCCCACCCUGGCCGUUCUACGCCAUUCUACUUCAUUCCAUCAAGUUCCACACAACUCAAACCAACAAAAAACUGAGCAUGCAAUUUCACCAACAGCCUCAAAGUAUGCAAUGGAAAAUUGCAAUUCUAAUUAUCGCAUUAGCCGGCAACGUGUUGUGCAUAAGAAAUGGCAAACCGGAUGAGGGACCAGACGAAGCAGGUGACAGCAACAUCGGAAAUGAUGAAAUACAAAAUCAAAGACACAUUUCGGUGAAAUUGAAAAACUUCUUUCCAUCGGAGCCAUUGAAAGAAGAUACUUCAACGGAAGCACAACAUCCACCACAAAUUGAGGCACGUGUAACAACAAAUGGCGGCGGUGGUGCCGGGGGCUUUCGACCCUCACAAAUGUUGGAUUUCACACCAUCGGAUGUGAUGAGCGAUGGCUAUAAUACAAAACGUUAUCCACCCAGUUAUCUGGCACCCAACUAUAAACAUCAAGUUCCUAGCUCGUUACCGAAUUAUAGUCUUAGACCACAACCGAUAGCAAUGGAUAAGCAAUUUGCAUUUCCCAAUGAUAAUAAUGAUAAUGAAUCGCCCAAUAGAGGAGUCAGUAGCGGUUUCAAUCCGUAUGGGGGCUAUCAUCAAAAUUUUGCCAGCACACCGAUUCCCACAACACCAGUGGUCAGCUAUUUAGAUCCAUAUACACAGCAAAAUUAUCAAUAUACACCAACACCGCCGAUUCCACCAGCUGCCAACUACAUACAAUAUCAACGAGAGCAAAUACAAAAUAAUGAUCAAAAUGAUGAUCAGAUUUAUACAGUGCAAUCGUCAUUACUUGUGGGAAAUAACAAUAAUCAUGGGUCAUCGCUUCAGCGACCACCGUUGCAUGGUUCGGGUGCUGGUGGAUCAGAAGAUGUCUAUCUAAAAAGACCCGGCUAUGUGUUUGAUGAGAGUCCAUCCACAGUAUAUCGAAGACCUGCAGUGACACCUUCAAGUUUUGGCAAUCAAGUGGCACAGCCGACAAAGCCAUCGCAUAAAAUUUCAUACGAUUCGCAUGAUUACCCACCGCCCAGCUAUGCGGCUGAGCAGACAUCCAAUUUUGUGCCACAGCGUCCAGUACAGCGACCUCUUUACAACCGUCAAGACGUCAAUGACAACAGACCAUUAGCAGCUGCCUCAUCGAUACAGUUACCAUAUGCCGGUGCCGGUGCCAGUUUGAGUUCCUCGGCCUAUGCUCAAUCUUCAUCCUACCCAUCCCCAGCGUCGUUGCCGCCGUCGUCGUCGUCUAAUUAUGCAAACAACUUUGGUAAUUAUUUGCAGCGACCCAAUCCCAAUCCCCAGCCUGCGCACCACUAUCAACAGCAACAGCAACAGCAGCGGCCAGGACCACCGCCACACAAUUACUACGAGUAUCAAAUUGGAGAGAUACCUCCACCCCAUCAUUCAUCCCCAUCAGGAGCGCAGCAGUUCAACUAUCGACCAUCAUCUCCACCUUACCAGCAACAUUCUGUUUCGCCCUCUACACAAAAUUCAGGCAUUGGUGGGGGAAGUCUAGCCACUUUGGCCUCACUGUUUAGCUCUACACAGCAAUAUGCACCGCAAUUUACGAAUCUACUUUUGGGUGGUUCUCCAACCUCAUCCUCAUAUCCCACCUCAUCCCAACAUUCCUCCCCAUUAGGUAGUCUCUUAGGCGCAUUUGCUGGACAGGGACAGGGGCAGGGACAGGGACAACAUGCCCGACCACCCAAUACACAACUCAUUAGAGCUCUAGAGAACAUCGCACGCAACGACGAUUUGCAGUGUGUGCCCAAGGUGCUCUGCCAGAUGAUUGCCGGUCAAACGUUACGUGGCCAAUUGCCAGGCUUCAUUACAUCUCCAGCUAUAACCAAUUUCCUAGCUGGUUUCCCAACUGCUUCACCUGCCCUAAUCUAUGGACGAGCUGCACUACUCGGCAUAAGUGGAGGCGAACGCAGCUGUGUGCAAACUUAUCAGAAGUGUCCCAAAAAUGAGAUGGAAAUCAUACACUAUUUAAACAAUCAUCGUGGUGGCUUUUUCAAGUUCUUUAGCGAACCGGAAGAGCAGCCAAGUGCGAGCCAACAAGGUGAUUUUGGUGGCGGUAACAGUGGUUCAUUGUUUAGCAUAUUGUCAGCUUUGACAGGAGGCGGUGGUGGAGGACAGUCCACAACGUAUACAACUCCGCGUCCAGUUGCCCCAAAACCAAAACCGACACAAAAACCAAGCACUGAUAUUGCCAGCGGUAUUGGCAGCUUUUUCACUCAGGUUCUCUCCGAAUAUUUGAGCGGUGUGGAAUAUCAGAGACGCAGACGUCGCCGUAGUCCGGAAAUUAAACGUGACUUUCAGACAGAUUUCAGUCACAGCCAGUUGAUGGCCAAUGAUGAUUUUCAUGAUGAAGAAGACAAUCUAGAUACACAGACGAUUGUCAAGUUUCAAGAUGAUGAUGAAGCUGAGGAAGCUCAAGCUCAUACCGAAUUAAUAGGUGUAUUGCAAUUUCCCUCAACUCUUGAGGAGAAUGAGGGUCGCAUAUUGCACUACAAAGACAUUGACAGUGAAGAAGACGAAAAAAAUCAGGGAGGAGUAAAAGCAAAGGGAAUUGUACGUUUUCCGGAUGCAUUGAGAGAAGGUAAACAAGUUAUCAAUGAGUUCAAUCGUGAGGCCGCUCAACGUAAAUUGAGAUUUCCCCAUGAGGAGGAGUCGGUGAAGGAGACAAAAAGGGUCGAAGACAAUUUGACAGAAGGUUGGCGAGCUGUUUUACCCAAUGGUCUGAGUGAAAGUGAUUAUGGUGUAAGCAAGCGUAGAGGCAAAAGGAUUGUAUUUAGAGAUAGCAAUGACAAUGAGUCGGAUAAUUUGAGAGAAGAAGAACAACGUGAACUGAAAUUGAGAGAAGAAGAGCAACAGUUUAGGGAAGAGCGCCAAUUGAGGGAAGAACAACAAAUAAGAGAAUUAGAAUUUCUAAGAGUUGAACACUUGCGUAGAGAAAAAGAAAAACAAUUGAGUGAGGAGCUUUUAACACACAAUUAUCCACCCAAUGCCGUCUAUGAGGAGUCAGCUCCACCUCAACGUGGUGCUCGUGUUAUAUUUCCCGAUCAUUAUGAGCGUUAUAUACGCAAAGGUAAAAUUUUAAAUCGUCCCACCUAUGCACCCAGCUAUGAGUAUCUUCAACAAAAUGCUUAUGAAGUUGACCAAAAAGAAGAUCGUCUUGUGGUCAGCGAUGAGCAUAGACCAAGCUCUCAUUAUCGUUUCGAGACAAGUGACAAUCUAAAUCAGAAUCAUCUUUUAAACUAUGGUGAAUACAUGCCGCCCUCUGGUACAUCAUCUGGUGGUAACAAUAACAUACGUUUCGGGGAGCAGCACUACAACUAUCCAAACAACAAUUAUAUAAGUAAUAAUCGUUAUAGUAGUGCCUAUCAGCAAACAAACCAUGAAGAUGAUAAAAACAUCUAUGUUACAAAUUCGCAAGGUAUCAAUGAGUAUUACAUACGACCGAAUGGACAAAAAGUCUAUACAAAUUCUGGAUAAGAGAGUAAUGCGAAUUAUUUAAAAAUUUAACUGAGAGAG